AUGAUCGUCAGCUUGACGAUCCGGGCGCUUGUGAUGCUCCCCUUGGGGUUCUGCUGGCCGUCGGCUUUGCGAGAGAAAUUUCUCGGCACUUUGGAUGCGGAAGAUGUUUUCUCUUAUUUUGGAACCAGCUCCGUCUCUGAUGUACCUGAGUUUGUUGUUGCUGAGCCAACUUGCCCUUGUAAAGAAGAACAGAUGGGGCUGACGUCCUGUCGUAUUCAACAUUGCUCCAUUGAGGCCUGGGGAGAACUCUAUGCCUUUGAAUUUCUAGAGGACCAUGCCCUCCUUUCCUCUUCCUUUGUGAGCAAUCAAGUGGUGAACUCUUCCUUUAGCUUACUGAGGCGAUUCUCAGGCAACUGCUUUGCAGGUGGAAAUCCACUGCGACCUCCUGGGGCUAAGUGUAGAGUCACUUACUGUGAAGGGCAGCUGCAAGGAGUCGUCAUUGAGGAUGAGGAAAAGAUUCAUAUCAGGCCUGUCAGAAGCAAAGAUGUGGCCCUGCUGAAGGACCUUGGCUUCUCCAGACCCCACAUUCUCUUCAGAAGUGCCGCAAGAGAGGCAAAUACAGCAAGAGCAGGGCGGUUUCCUUCUCGCCUGCAGAAGAGGGCUGAGGGAGCUGUCAAACAUCUGGAGCUGAUGGUCGUAGCAGGUCCAGAUGUUUACUUGUACCACAAAGAGGACACGGAGCGAUAUAUUCUCACCAACCUGAACAUUGGGGCAGAGCUGCUGAGAGAUGCCUCACUGGGUGCUCAUUUCAGGGUUCAUCUUAUGCAAAUGCUUGUUUUGAGAGAACCCGAGGCAGAGGUAAACAUCACAACAAAUAUCACCUCCUCACUGAUCAGCGUUUGUGAGUGGAGCAAGAAGGUCAACCCCCAGAAUGACUCUGACCCCCAGCAUGCUGAUAUUGUCCUCUAUGUCACCAGGUUUGACUUGGAGUUACCUGAUGGGAACAAGGAGCUACGUGGAGUGACUCAGUUAGGUGGAGUCUGCUCCUCCUUCUGGAGCUGUGUUAUUACCCAGGACACUGGCUUUGACCUGGGAGUCACCAUAGCCCAUGAGAUUGGGCACAGUCUUGGAAUCCCCCAUGAUGGUGAGGGGAAUCGGUGCAGCAGCAGCGGUUACAUCAUGGGUUCAGCAGGAAACCACAACAGCAUUGACCUCGCCUGGUCGCAGUGCAGCCGAGAAGAGUUCCUGGCCUUUGUGAGCACAGGCCAAACAAACUGCUUAAAUGACCUGCCGGACAUGGACGGCAGCAUCCCUGGAUGGAAGCCUGGCUUGUACUAUGGAGCAGAUGAGCAAUGUAAAAUAGCGUUUGGGAGCGUUGCCACAGCAUGCACCUUUGCUGACAGCAAUGUUGACAUAUGUGAAGUUCUCUCCUGCCACGUACAACCAGGAGACAAAUCCAGCUGUACUCGGCUUCUUGUUCCCCUCUUGGAUGGUACUGAGUGUGGAAUCAAUAAGUGGUGCUCCAAGGGACAGUGCAGCUCUCUGGAAGAACUGAACCCCAUGGCUGUGGUCCAUGGGCAGUGGUCUGUCUGGAGCCCCUUCUCCUCCUGCUCCCGCAGCUGCGGAGGUGGAGUUGUGAUAAGGCAGCGGUUCUGUAACAACCCCAGGCCUGCUUUUGGGGGGCAGGAAUGCCGUGGCACCAGCAUCCAAGUAGAGAUGUGCAAUACUCAGGCCUGUUCGAUGACCCAGCAGGACUUUAUGGCUGAACAAUGUGCAGCAACAAAUUUAAAGCCACUGUAUCUCACUGUCGAAGCGCCAUCCUUUUAUACGUGGACUUCUGCUGUUGGCUUUGCCAAAGGGGACAUGCUAUGCAAGCACAUGUGCAGGGCUGUUGAAAACGAAUUCAUGGUAAGCCGCGAAGACAGUUUCAUAGAUGGAACCAGAUGUGAGCAGGAUGACUCUGAGCACCAUGGGGCUUUCAGUCUGUGUGUAAUGGGAAGCUGCAGAGCAUUCGGGUGCGAUGGCCAGAUGGACUCCAAGAAGACAGUAGACUCUUGCAAGGUCUGUGGGGGUGAUAAUACCACUUGCACCAAAGUGAGUGGAUCUUACACAGAAGGAAAAGCUAAAGAGUACGUUACAUUUCUGUCCCUGCCUUAUAACACCACUUUGGUCCAUGUUACCAACUGGAGACCACUCUUCACACAUUUGGCUGUGAAGGUUAAAGGAGAGUAUGUGGUUGCUGGAAAAGGAAAAAUCUCACUGAAUGUCACCUAUCCAUCGGUUCUGGAGGACAGCCAGAUCAAAUACAAAGUGUUUCUCACCAAGGACAACCUGCCAAGCCUGGAGGAAGUCCAUGUGGAUGGGCCAACACAAGAAGAAAUUGAAAUACAGGUCUAUCGAAGGUAUGCAAAGGAAUAUGGCAAUGCCACCAACCCAGACAUCACCUUCAGCUACUUUGUCCCCAAAGAGAAUCUGACCUAUAUGUGGAUUCCUCAGCAGGGGCCAUGUUCAGUGACCUGUGGGGAAGGGACACGACCAGUGGAUCAUGUGUGCUUUGACCAGACAAAGAAUGAAAUAACAGAGGAUCAGUGGUGUCUGGAGCUCCCACAACCCCUUCCAGAGCACAAGCCCUGUGCCAUGGAGCCAUGCCUGUACAGGUGGAAGAUAUCUCAGAUAGAUGAAUGCUCUGCUGUCUGUGGAACUGGAGUUGCCCAGCAGAAUCUGACCUGUGUCGAGUUUCGUCAUGGAUUGGAGACUGUUGUGGAUGACAGCUUGUGCCCAGCAGAAGAAAAACCCCUCUCCGUUGUGCCAUGUGUGGUUAAUGUCUGCCCUUUAGGCUGGGACAAAGAGGAAGGUGCACGCUUACUUCAGACCUCGGAGUCACUUGGGCAUAUCCAACUGGAAAAUCGGACCGUGUAUGUCUGGAGCCCUCGAGCUGGAGAGUGUUCCGUCUCCUGUGGUAGAGGUAAGACUCAGCUACAGUAUGUAUGUGUGGCUUUUGACACCAAAGAAGAAACCCAAGAAGAAAACUGUCAUCCAGUGCCAAAGCCAGAGAGCCGGAUGGAAGUCUGCGAUCUCAGUCCCUGCCCACCAAGGUGGCAUUACAAAAUGGGCUCAUGCAGCGUAAGCUGUGGCGGAGGUGUGAUGCACAAGGCCCUCUACUGUGCAAGGGAGACCAGGGAGAAGGCAGAAGAGAUUGUGGCAGACACCCAGUGCGAUGGUUUGCCUCGCCCAGAGGAGCAGGAGCCGUGUAAUUUGGAGCUGUGCCCUCCGAGAUGGAAGGUAACCCCAGCUGGCCCCUGUUCCUCCAGCUGUGGGCUCGGCUUAGCUGUUCAGCUGGUCACCUGUGUGCAGAUUCGCCAAGGCAAGGAGAUUUUGCUGGAGGAGCGUUUGUGUCGUGCGGCAGAGAAGCCCCUUACCAGCGUCCCCUGUGUCAUCCGAAUGUGUUCUUAUGAAUGGAGCUUCAGCGAGUGGACAGAGUGUUCAACUUCGUGUGGGAAUGGCAUUCAGACACGGCAGGAUUUCUGCCUCAACCCGCUAACCCGUAAGCACGUGAACCCCAUCUUCUGCAGGCACUUCCCCAAGGCCAUUGUGGUACGUGGCUGCUCCGCAGGGCCCUGUCCUGAGCAGGCGGUGGGGACCGGGUCCCAUGGAGCAGGAGUGCAGACAGUGACACCAGCCACGCUGACGACAGCCGCAACUGCCAAAGAGGCGAGAUACAAGGACCUGGAUCUUCCUCCAUCUGCUGUGCCCGCUGUGCCUCAGGAACAGCCAAAGACCAGUGGAGGUGUCUGUGGAAAGCUCUUUCUUAAUGCCACCGGGGUCAUCAACAUGAUAGGCGUAGAGAGCAGCGAUUGCACUGUGGCCAUCGGACGUCCUCUCGGGGAGGAGAUAACAGUCAGCGUCCUGGAGAGCUCCCUCAACUGCAGUGCAGGUGAAGUAGUGCUGUUCUCUGGGCGAAUGAUGUGGCGGACAGGCUGCAGGAAGCUCUCUUUGUCACUGAUAAAUUCCAGAACGAAUACACUGAUUGUGAAACAGCGUGUUGUGCUGCCAGGAAAUGGGGUCAUUCUUCAGUACAGCAGCAGAACUGCAACUAAAAAAUAUUACCAAGACUGUGACAAGCAGCUGUUUGGUCCUCAAGGUGAAAUAGUGAAUCCUGUGCAAUUGCCUGAUCAAAGGCAAGAAGUAGUGUGUCGGACCUUCAUCAAUGUGGCUCCCCGGCAUCGCAUAGCUAUCCGCGCCCUAUAUAUUGACCUGGGCAAUGAGAGCAACCAAACACAUUUUAAUUACAUCCUGGUCCGUGAUGUAAGCACCAUGAAGACGAUGGUGUUCCAUGGGAAACAACAAUUCUUCUGGCAAUCAACAGGAAGCCAAGCUGAAAUUGAAUUUCAUGAAAAUGUUAAGGAUCACCGAACCAGUUUCUGGGCUGAAUAUCAUGCUAUUGAGCCCAAAUAAAAGGGGCCAGGGCCACUGCACUGAGAAAGGCCGUGGUCCAGUUAGUCACUGCUGCCUGUUCACUGCUCGAGGUCACAUGAGUCAUUUAACCUUUUUGCAACUGCUUCCCCAUCUACUGAGUAAGAACAACAAUAUCGACUGACUCCUUUGGGAUCUCAGUUAAUAUUUGUAAAGAUUAUGCAAAAGACAUGUAACUACCAAAUGUUUAGCAAAUAGUUCUCAUAGGGAUUUUCUAUCUGUGCUGAUUGGUAUUAAUGCAGUUGACAUGUCUGCAGUUAGUGACUUGGACGCUGAAGUCUCAGGGUCCUGCUUUUGUAACGUACUGUGACCUUUUAGGAUGGUCGUUUCAUUUCUCAGUGGCUCAGUGUCCCAUUACAAAACCUCUGUAUACCACAAGUAGCUACGAUUAUGGUUUAACUGUUAAGUUCACUCUCCUGUGGUGUAAAUGCCCCUUGAAACUGAGGCCCGUUGAAAUUCUGGAAUGUUAUAAAGAAGGCAAAGAUGUGUAUGAGGACGAACUGCUAGCACAAGAAGGCUAGACAAGUGUCUGGGGGCAAGACAGCUUCUUUGCCCGGGAGGGUAUUGCCACACUAGGAGAGGUCACCCAGGAAGCUGAUGGAGUUGUCAUCCUUGAAUGUUUUCAGGAGUUGGCUAGACCAAGGCGCAGCUGACCUGAUCGAGCCCUCGUGACAGCUGGCUUUGUAUGGGAGGACUAAAUGACAUCCAGAGGUCACUCCCCAGCCACCCCUUCUGUGGUUCUACUAUUCUAUAUCUAACAGUGAUACCAAUAAUUCUUUUCUAUGGGAAAA